CUUAGCUGCUUACUCAUGCGACAGGGAUGGACGAUGAGGUAGAAAUUAUCGGUGAGAGUAGUUCACGGCCAUCCUGUGCAGGCCCAACACUCUGCCAGUUGUGUGACACCAACUUCGAGAACUUCAGCGAACUUCAACGCCAACAGCACUAUGACGUAGUACACUUCGACUCCGCAUCUAGUAAACCACAAUCUAGUAAUAGUUCUAGGAAACCAGCGAUACCCAAAGACUUGUUCAAACCUCGAAGGUUCUCAGUGUCUCAAAGAAAGAAACCUGCAGAUCAAUUUUGGUAUCCUAGUCUAUCGAGGCCGCCACCUGACAACUGCAGUCCAGGCUUAAUCACGCUCUUAAAGCACGCUCUGAAGAAAUCUCAUACUAAAGGGUCCACCCGCCGAGCUGUGCUCUGCUGCGAAUCAGCUACGCAUAUGAGUGUCGAGGCAUUUGACCGCCGAUGGGGAUGCGGAUAUCGCAAUUUCCUCAUGGCAUGUGCUGCACUCAUGAACCAGCAAAUUCAGAACAUAUAUUAUGCACUACUAGACGAUCCCUUUCCCCCCGGUGUUCGAAAUCUGCAGCGUUGGAUAGAAGCUGCGUGGAAGGAAGGUUAUGACCCCGAAGGUGCCAGAGACUUAAAGGACGAUUUGGUAGGAACAAAUAAAUGGAUUGGUACAGCGGAACUCCAUACCGCAUUCACAUCUCGCGGAAUCCCUUCACAGCUUAUAGAUUUUGAUCUUUCGAAAAACGAGAAAGGGGUUCAAGUUAUGAUAGACUGGAUUGUGCGCUACUUUUCGCCACCCAAUCCAAUCAAACAGGGCACGGUGACCGACGUCCUCCGCGGUGCGUCACCUGUGAUUGCGACGGACAAAAUGCCUCUGGUUCUACAGUUCAGCGGUCAUUCUCAAACUGUCGUCGGAUAUGAGAUCUCAAAGAAUGGGGAUACGAAUCUUCUCAUAUUCGACCCUUCAAGGCCACCUAAACUGAGUAUGCGUCGAGCUGCGAUUGCUGGACCUUCCUCAGUUGUAUGGGAACAGUCACGAACCAACCAAGUGCUACAAUCUGUCAUGCAUCCAACGUCUAACGGACUUUCCUCGAAACUGAAACGCCCUUCGUCGUCCUCCGAUCUAAAGCAGCACAAGCGAGCCAAAUCAUCUGAGUCAGAUGAUGAGAUCAUCGUCGUGGAAGACUCAGAUGACCCACGCAAAAAUGACGAGAGACCGAGUAUUUCUUCAGGUCAGCUACAAUCAUUCAAGCUUGACCCUACCGAGGUCGUGAAUCACUUUCGGCUCAGCAUAUCGAAAUUGCGGCGCAAGCAAGACUACCAGAUACUGUACUUCCCCAUGACUGAUCCAUGGUCCAUCGAGGAACGUAACAAGCGGAAGGUUGUGACGAGCAUCCCAGGGUGUUGAUUUUUUCUGGUUUGACUUCACACGCAUGUUUCCUAUGUUUUCCUUGAUACCACGCAUCGUAAUUUGACAUGAAUUGUUUUCGAUCACGCAUUUGUACAGGAUACGUGGAUGGUGGAGCAUGACUAGGUAAAAUAGGCCGAAUAAUCGUUCUCUAACAUUCCUUGCACAUGUUGGUUUGGCGCACCCGGGCGCUGCGUAAGGCGCGGAGACGGGGGUAUGUUUCGCUGGAUCUAGGUGCCUUUGGCAAUCGAUCAUAGAUG